AUGCGCGGUGCCCUUUGUGUCCCGGGCGGGCGAGCGGCGCGGGGCAGGCCGGCUGCUGUGAGCGCCGCGCCGCCGCCGACGGCGCCGGGGCGGGGAAGGGGUGGGGGGGGAAAAAAAGCCGGCUCCGCCAUGGUGAAGAAGCGGAAAGGCCGCGUCCUUAUCGACUCCGAUACUGAGGAUAGCGGUAGCGAGGAGAACCUAGAUCAGGAGCUCUUGUCAUUGGCCAAACGGAAACGCAGUGACUCUGAAGAGAAGGAGGCACCUGUGAGCAAACCUACAGCAUCUUCAGACUCUGAGACGUCAGACAGUGACGAUGAGUGGACUGUUGGAGGUUCUAAAAACAAAAAAAAGGGAAAAGCGGGUAAGGCGGAGAAGAAAGGAGCCAUGAGGAAACAGACGAACAAAGCUGCCUCUUCAGGCAGCUCGGAUAAAGACAGCUCUGCAGAGAGCUCAGCACCCGAAGAGGGAGAAGUCUCUGACUCAGAAAGCAACAGCUCCUCGUCUAGCUCAGAUUCAGAUUCUUCAUCUGAAGAUGAGGAAUUCCAUGAUGGCUAUGGAGAAGACCUGAUGGGAGAUGAAGAAGACCGGGCUCGACUGGAGCAAAUGACAGAGAAGGAGAGAGAGCAGGAGCUGUUUAACCGGAUAGAGAAGAGAGAAGUGCUAAAGAGAAGGUUUGAAAUCAAGAAGAAACUAAAAACGGCAAAAAAGAAAGAAAAGAAAGAGAAAAAGAAAAAGCAAGAAGAGGAGCAGGAGAAGAAAAAACUCACACAAAUCCAGGAAUCCCAGGUCAUGUCACAUAAUAAAGAGCGGCGAUCAAAGCGGGAUGAGAAGCUAGACAAGAAAUCUCAGGCAAUGGAGGAACUGAAAGCAGAAAGAGAGAAAAGGAAGAACAGAACAGCUGAAUUGCUUGCAAAAAAACAGCCAUUAAAAACUAGUGAAGUAUACUCUGAUGAUGAAGAGGAGGAGGAGGAUGAUAAGUCUAGUGAGAAAAGUGAUCGUUCAUCCAGAUCCUCAUCCUCUGAUGAAGAGGAAGAGAAAGAAGAAAUUCCUCCUAAGUCCCAGCCAGUGUCCUUGCCUGAAGAGCUGAACCGAGUACGAUUGUCGCGACACAAGCUGGAGCGCUGGUGUCACAUGCCCUUCUUUGCCAAGACUGUCACUGGCUGCUUCGUCCGUAUUGGCAUUGGAAAUCACAACAGCAAACCUGUUUAUCGGGUUGCAGAAAUAACUGGUGUAGUAGAAACUGCAAAGGUUUACCAGCUUGGUGGUACCCGCACAAACAAAGGACUACAGUUGCGGCAUGGCAAUGAUACACGUGUGUUUCGUUUGGAGUUCGUCUCAAAUCAGGAAUUUACUGAAAGUGAGUUUAUGAAGUGGAAGGAAGCGAUGUUCUCUGCUGGGAUGCAGCUACCCACUCUAGAUGAGAUAAACAAGAAGGAAGUGUCCAUCAAAGAAGCCCUCAAUUACAAGUUUAAUGACCAGGACAUUGAGGAGAUUGUGAAAGAGAAGGAAAGGUUCAGAAAAGCACCUCCAAAUUAUGCUAUGAAGAAAACUCAGCUGUUAAAGGAGAAGGCUAUGGCUGAGGACUUGGGGGACCAAGAUAAGGCCAAACAGAUUCAAGAUCAGCUUAAUGAACUCGAAGAGAGAGCAGAGGCCCUGGACCGUCAACGAACAAAAAACAUUUCUGCAAUCAGUUACAUCAACCAGAGGAACAGAGAGUGGAAUAUCGUUGAGUCUGAGAAGGCUCUUGUGGCUGAAAGUCACAGCAUGAAAAACCAACAAAUGGACCCCUUUACUAGGCGGCAGUGCAAACCCACGAUAGUGUCUAAUUCCAGAGAUCCUGCUGUCCAAGCUGCCAUCCUUGCCCAGCUAAAUGCAAAAUACGGGUCUGGUGUAUUGCCAGAUGCUCCAAAGGACAUGAGCAAGGGUCAAGGGAAGGAUAAAGAUGUGAACUCUAAAUCAGCCAGUGACCUCUCAGAAGAUCUUUUUAAAGUGCAUGACUUUGAUGUAAAGAUUGAUCUUCAGGUUCCCAGUUCAGAAUCUAAAGCCCUGGCCAUCACCUCCAAGGCUCCACCAGCAAAAGAUGGUGCCCCUCGGCGAUCAUUGAAUUUGGAGGACUACAAAAAGAGGCGGGGGCUUAUUUGAGCAUGCCCACUCUGCUGCUUCUGAUCCUGCAUGCUCCAUGACGAUGUCCUACCUUUUCUUCCUCCCUUUUCAGUUCUCCCUUCUGGGUUGGAGCAGCACUGGAGCUGGGAAGAGACUCUUUAAAACUGCCAGUCAUCUGUAACAUAAACCAUUCAACUAUUUACUGUAUAGACCUCCCUUCUUGCCCUUUCCUCCUGCCCGCCUCACAAAUGUGGAUCUGUGCUAUUUGGGGUUUUCCCAUUUCUUUUAGUUUGAGUUUUUUGUUUUUAUUUUGUUGAUGCAGCUCGUUGGUCCACUCUGUGUUCAGUAUUAGCCUGAGGUCUGGAUUUCAUAGGAAUCUCUUGGUGGUCACAGAGUCAGCACUUGGUGAUCUCCCCUUGCGUAUCACCACAGGCACGGUGAUAAACGUUGGCGCAAGACCUUUGUGGCUGGAAGGUCAUCGGCACUUUCUUCCUCUUCUUCUUCCUCCUUCCUCCUAGCUUUGGAGAAGGGAAUCUUCAAAAAACUGGCUUAGGUUCAAAGUGUAAAUUUUUUUGGGAGGGUUGUGUGACUUUUUUUCAGGUGUUUUUUAUCAUUUUUAAGCUGCAGUACUAUUUGUAUCCGUAUGUCACAGUUCUUUACGGCUGUUUUGAAUUUCUACCAGCUGUACUUGAGCAUCUGAAAUUGCAAGAAAGAAACUCAUUAAAUGUGAUUCUUCUUACUAAAACGGCUUGGCUGAUAUAGCUGUUUAACUUCAUGUGCCCUUUUUUACUUACACUUAAGUGAUGAGAGAGAUGAGACUUGUCAUCUGUAGCCCAUCCGGAGUCUCCAGCUGUAACUGAGUGGAACAGCUUUUUCAGGGGUGGCCCUGGGGUGCUCAUUGGUUUGGCUUUAAUUUCUUACUCAAGACGUAUUUAAGUCAUUGUAUCUUCACUGGGCUCCUGCUCACUUUGUUUCUUGCUUUGUGAACCAUUUAAAUGGGGCUUC